AUGAGUGAAUGUAAAACAUGGUUUGAUAAUCAAAGUAAUCUUCUCAUACAAAUAAUUACCCUACCAAAUAUUUCUCAACUUACGUUGGAUAUUAGUGGUGAAAUUAUCAAUAAAAUACCAUGGCCUAGCAAGUGUAAUUUACAAAAGUUAGCACUUCAAUAUUGCAGUUAUUAUCAAUUAUGUGAUAUUCUUGAUCAUUCGCCAAAUCUUCAAAUAUUGACCUUGGAACGUACGAAUAUGCUCAUGGUGGAUAGAACUCGUUGUCAAACGAAAGUUCAAUCAUUGACUUCUCUUACAUUGAAAAAUAUUCAUAUGCCAAUUGAUGAACUCGAAUACUUACUAUCUCUUCAACCCCAUCUAGUUUCACUCGAAUUUACAACAUCAACGAAUUGUUCAUGGGAAUUUGUACAACGUCUAUCACAGUGGGAAAAUUUUAUCCGCCAAACAUUGCCAUUGUUAAAAAAUUUUUAUUUUUAUAUUGGUAUUUCAUUUUCUGAAUUACAAGAUGUUGAAUCAUUUCUAACACCAUUUAGUACAACGUUCUGGUUACAGGAGAAACGUUGGUUUGUCACGUGUCUUUAUACAAGACGUUUUGGUGACAAGACAAUCUGUCUCUACUCAGCAAAAUACUCGACUAUUGCAUUUCCUGAUUAUCUUAAUUAUGACCUAUUUUCCUAUGCAUUUACGACGACAAGUUAUGACAAUAAAAUCAACAGUGAUAUUAUAUGGACUGCUUAUUUCGAUGUGAUUUGGUUACAGCAAAGAAUGGGUACAGAUCAAGUAUGUAUGAUUAGAUAG